CUUGACCGCGCAUGAGCAGUAAGGCCCCGCCGUCAGACGUUUGAGUGACGGAGUCGCACCGGAAGUGACGCGAUCGUCUCUUAAUACUCGCUAAGCUGUGCGCUGUGACGCAGAGCUUGAAGAUGGCGGAGGUGGAAUUCGGGGACCAGGAGCUUUUUGAGCAGCUGGACGGGGACGUGAAGCCUCAAGCGAAACACAUACGCUUCGACGACACCGAGGACAGUCACUUGGAGCCCGACGGCUUACAGGAGCAGCUCGCCCGCUAUGGGGACACAAUAGAACAGCUGCGGGCGGAGAAUCAAGAGCUCAAGAGAAAAAUGUUUUCGUGGCCAAGUGGCUUAUUUGAGGACAAGUUUGAUGGACCAAUGUUACAGAUUCUUUUCAUGAAUCAUGCUAUUUCAAAGCAGUUCCGUCAAGAAAUUGAGGAUUUUGUUUCAGGCCUGCAUCAAAAAUAUGAAGAACAGAAGAGGGCGAACCCUGAAAAAACAACGUUUAAUAUUAGUCCUCAGCCAUCAAGUUUUUCGUUGAAGGAAGAUGGGGGUUCCAAUGAAGAUGCAUUCAGUGUUGUUGGAAGUGUCCUAUACGUUACCAAAUUUUGUAUUGACAAGCUUGGGCAGCCGCUCCUAAAUGAAAAUCCCCAGUUGACCGAUGGAUGGGAAAUACCAAAAUACCAGCAAGUUUUUACACAGAUUGUGUCUCUAGAAGGCCAAGAAGUUCAAGUAAAGUCAAAAAGGCCAAAGGCUUGCUGUUUCAAUUGUGGCUCUGAAGAACAUCAGAUAAAGGACUGUCCAAAACCCCGAGAUCCUGCCCAUAUCAGCAUGAAGAGAAAAGAAUUCAUGGAUUCCAGUGCAGAAGCUGGUAACCACAACCAUCAACAACGCUAUCAUGUAAACGAGAGAUUUUCAAGGUUCAAGCCUGGUGCUAUGAGCUCAGAACUUCAAGAGGCACUUGGAAUAAUGGAUAAGCAUCUUCCUCCCUUUAUUUAUCGAAUGCGCCAACUUGGCUACCCUCCAGGAUGGCUGAAAGAGGCAGAAACUGAGAACUCUGGCCUCUCUCUUUAUGAUGGAAGAGGAGGUGGAGAUACAAGUGAUGGUGAGAUUGAAGAUCCUGCAGCACAGAAAAAGUCUUCAUCUUAUGAUGUUACCAAGUUAAUUGGCUUUCCUGGUUUUAAUACGCCUCUCCUUCCUGGCGUUAAUGAUGAUUGGAGAAGUUUUGGAUCAAUUCCAAUGCAGCAAUCACACCAGAAAGAUGUUUUUUCCAGCUACCUGUCUCAUAACUUUCCAGAACCAAGCCACAAUAUUGGCCAGAAAAGAUCUUUGUCUACUCCCGGUUCAGAAAGCAAAAGACAGAAGACCACUAGAAAAAAAGGGGGGUCACCUGUGGAUAUGGAGGUGGCAUCUGAUUCAGAUUAUUCGCCAGCAGGUUUCAGUUUCCAACCACCUCUCCCUCCAUAUUGCUCUCCACCUCCAAUGCCCCGUGGAACUCCACCCUCAACCCCUCAAAAUUUCAUUCCACGACCACCACCAACACCAACUCCUCCUCCACUUCCAAAAGGAACACCACCUCCUACUCCUAAUAGGGGCUCUCCAUCGCUUCAUUCUAGAGCUAGUCUUAAGGCACAAGGAAAUGAUGGCAUGGAUGAAGACACCUUGACUUUGGAGGAGUUGGAAGAACAGCAGCGUUUAAUUUGGGCUGCUCUUGAAAAUGCAGAGAGCACAAAUAGUGAAUCGGAUGUAAAUAUACCACCUGAUGCAUUCCUUGAAGCAGCUGGACAUGCGCCUGAUAACUCUAUUCCCAAAGAUAAUAUAUCGUUAAAUGAGAAAGUCACUGACAUCACUGUAGCAGAAAAUCCUGCAAAGCCUAGUGGAACUGCUGUAGGACUUGAGGUGACAGAGGAUGGAGAAGCAGAAGAGGAGGCAGCAUGUGCACCAUCUCCUUUUAAAUCUAAUGUUCCAGACAGGAGUAAGUUUGCUGAGGGAAUAACACCAUUUGAGUAUGACAACAUGUCAGAGGCUACUGGCACUUACCUUCGGAUCAGAGAUGUGUUAAAAAACUCCCCCCGAAACCAGCAAAAAAAGGAAUGAUUACCUUGUACACUAGAACUUAUAAUAUUUUUAAUUUUUUUUUAAUAUUUAAGAAAUUUGAAAUCGCUUUUUACACAACCAAACUGCCUGAGAAAAUACUUUCCUGCGUAAAGUGAUUUAUAUGAAAAUACAUGUGCAUUUUUAAGAUCUAGAUGAGUGUUGGCAGGCGCAAUUAGUUGGCUGUGUUACACGUUUUGAUUUGCGUCCAAGAAAAGAGAAUGAUACAGUAUCGCUUAAAGAGCAUUGAGCUGGUAGGUUUUGUUUGCAUAGAUUGAAUAUAAUGCAAAUAACCGUUUUUCAGCAUUUCUUAUGAAAAUAAGGCAGGAGGCCAUCUUUUUAUGUAAUAGUACAAACAGCAAAGCAGCUACCUUUCCGUUUUUAUAGUGAAAAAAAUCCAAGUAUUAAGACAAAUGUUUGAGGUGUACAUUUUUGGAGUUUGUCUUGCUGUUUAGGUAUCGCAUAGACCUGAUUUUUUCAGAAACCUCCUCGAAAUGGUUUGAGUGCUGUAUGAAAUCUAUAAAUGUUGUUCGCUCAUCUGUUAAUGGGCUUUUUUUUUUUUUCCAGUUGUAAGGGCCAGAUGAGCAAAUGACCCAAACUGCAGAGCUUGACUGCACAAAGGGGCAAAAUGGUCCAAUUUCUAUUUUUUUAUUGAGGAUGGAAAUUGCCUUCAAAUUCCAUAAACUGUUAUGUGUCAAGUCAUUGGAAAUGUUUUUUUAGGCCCAGAAAUGCAGUACAGAUAACCCUGUAUAUGUCUUGUGAAGUGGUUUUCCCACAGUAAUGUGAGCAACAAAAGUAAGCAGAUUUUAGCUCCUUGUUUCACUAAGAAUCGCAUUACUGCAUCUCACAAGUGGGAAAAAAAAGCGAUACACGCUGCAUAUUGGCUGAACUAGGCUUUCAACAUAAGGGUGGUAAAUUCCUGCCUAAAGUAAUGUUGCUCCAACAGGAGUUCAGUAUUGGGACAACUGCUACAGUCUUAACAUGCUUGCCUCCUUUUACCUUGCCUGGAAGCUAACUUAUAGCACAGUCACGGGUUACUGUAGUUCUUCAAACAUCUUACUAUUGAAUGGUUAGACUGCUUUUAAGCUGUCAUUGGCCAACUUUGACAGCUGUUAUUGGCUGAUGGUGUACUGCCAUUGAUUUCUAGCAUAGUGUUAAUUUAGGGCUUCAUACAACAUUGUUGCAUUUAAGUAUACCUAAGGCGAGCUGUUGCUUUUAAAAGUCUGCGCAUAAGGGCAUAACUGCCGUAGAUCAUUGUGCCCUUUUUAAGAGUGGAGCUUGUGGUACUUGAGGAAAAGAUGGCUUUGUGCAAAUGUGGGGACUCUGACAUGCUUGUGUGAAGCUUUCCAGGUUUUAAAGGUUAGACAGUUUAAAAAAAAAAAAAAA